AAGAUUUUGUCUUUGUAAGUUUGUUAUCUGGAAAAAGAUUUGGUCUUUAUUUCUUGAUUAUGGUGGGAGUUGGGGGGUGUUGAUUGGAAAUUUGUGAGAUUUGUAUUUAUUAUUCUUGAUGGGCUGUUAUUUUGUUAUCUUAUUUUUUAUAUGGAACCAAAAGAUGGUCCUUAGGUGGUGAAAAAGUAGAAAAAAAUUCAAUCUUGAUUACUUGUAAGACUUCUAUUUUGUGGUUUUGCAGGUGGGGUGGCGUUGGAUUUUGAUUAUUUUGUGUUUUCACCUUUCCUUUUUUACUGAUAAAUUUGUGGACAAUGUUGUUCUGAUAUUAUGUGACCAAGUCAUAUGAAGCAGGUUCUUCUUUUUCUUUUUGUGAAUCUUUAUGUUUCUUGUUUGUUUUUUUUAAGGAGCCAAAAAUUGGUGUACUUUAAUUACAACUUGCUGAUUGUUUUUUUGGAGUAAAGGAGGUGAAAAGUAGAAAAAGUAGUCUUGUAAUCUGUGGUGCUGCAGGAACCAAAAAUUGGUGUAAUUCAAUUACAAAUUGUCGUUUGUUUUUGGGAGUGAAGAAGGUGAAAAGGAGAAAAAGAUUGAAUCUUGAUUACCUUUUGGACUUCUAAUCUGUGGUUCUGCAGUCAGAUUCAGAUAUUCUUCAUCGCACCACGUUGAGUAGGGAUUUGAAUUGAAACAAGGUUCUUAGGCCUACGGGGGUGCCAGAUUUACGGUUCUAUCAUGUGCUUAUAUCAGUCGAUGGUGAAGGAUUUUAGUGAGGGAUAAACUUUGAAUUCAUGGAGAACUCGUGUGAAUUUCUGAGCAAUGGAAAACCAGCUGAUCCUGGCUUGCAAAUUAUAAGGCACCCUUCCUACCAAUCUUGUGGGAAAUUAUCGUUAUCUUGGUUUGAUAUUAGAAUUUUCUACAUCAGAAUCAGCAAUUUUAUGGUCGAUGAUUCAACCCCAGAAAGUCUUACUCUUAACCAUAUCCCUCUAAGCCCCGAUACGCUGCUUGAAAUAAAUGGUAAAAGAUGCUCCAUGUACUCCGAAGGAUCCUCUUGCCUUCUUCGAAGGGAUCGUGUUGAUAAGAAAGCUGAAGAAGCUACAUUUGUGAGCACAGAUAGCGUAAGAUUGACAGGGAGUGUGACCUUUGAGGUUUCCUAUAAAGAUGAUCUUGUUCUCUCUGGGGUUUUGGAGAUGGCGAACAUCAACGGUUUUUCCGGGGAUUCUAAAAACUGUCUUAGGAGAUGGAGCAUGAACUGUGAAUCAGUUUUGAGUGCUGGCACUGGCUUUUUGAAGGGAAAACACAUUGUGGGUUCUGAAUCAUUGUCGCCCACAAUUGAAGUCUACGUCACCGGUUGCUUCUCUGGGACACCUAUCAUCUUAACUAAGACUUUGCAGCUAAAUCACAGGAAGAAGCACCAUAGAAAGGGUAUGUUAGACUCCAUACCGGAGCAUGAAACAGCUGAACAGCAUAAAAAAGUCUCACCUGAACAUGAUCUGCAGGCAACAGAAGACAGAAAUUAUAAGCCAGAAAGCGAAGAAGACUACAACAUGUACUGGGGACGAACAGAACUUAUGGAUGGAGAAGACGGAGAAAUGUCCUGGUUCAAUGCUGGGGUCCGAGUUGGUGUUGGGAUUGGCCUUGGCAUUUGCGUAGGAGUUGGAGUAGGAGUUGGUUUAUUAGUCCGUACGACACGAAACUUAAGAAGGCGCCUUAUGUAGUUAUUAUACAUAGCAUACAUAUAAAGGCUAACAACAGAGAGAAACUUGUUUUAAGAGUAUAUUCUACUUCCCAGACAUUUUCGACAUUUCUAACCAUUUUCGUUUUCAUGUGUAAUAUGUUUUCUGCUUCUUUUUCCUCCUUCGCGGCCCCCUAGUUUCCUUUUUUACCUCUCCAGUUGGCGGCCUUUUGGUGCUGAGGAGUGCAACAGUUGCUAAAGAUGUAUGGACAUGUAUAGGUAAUGUUAUAGUACCAUGUUGAGCUUGUUUAUUUGUGUGUAAAUUUUUAUUUUUGAGAAGAAUAGAAAGGAUUUUCGUGUGAGAA